AUGGGAUCCGUGGCGGAGCCAGCAUACCUGUACAAGAAUGUCACUCAUGACCCAACGGUCCCUUCUGUAAAGUCAGCCGAGGGCAUCUAUAUUUACCUCGAAAAUGGACAGAAGAUACUGGACGCCACGAGUGGAGCGGCUGUUUCUGCAAUCGGCCAUGGUGUAGGUCGUGUUAAGAAGGCAAUAAUGUCCCAACUUGACAAAGUGGAGUACUGCCACCCGGGAUUUUUCCCAAAUACACCCGCAAUGGAGCUUGCAGAUCUUUUGGUGGAGUCCACAGGAGGAAAGCUGUCUCGGGCGUGCAUUCUUGGAUCUGGUAACCAAUCAGCCCCCCUCUUCUAUUUUUCCAUGCAUCAUCCCUCACGUCAAGGGACUAUUUUGGUAGGAAUCCGUGAACUAAAACUCGUGGGCUACAUAGGUUCCGAAGCCGUCGAAGCCGCUAUGAAGCUGGCUUAUCAGUACUUCGAGGAGCAGUCGCCAAACACACGGCGAACCAGGUUCAUUUCCAGGCACGGUUCAUGGCAUGGCUGCACUUUAGGGGCACUGGCAUUAGGAGAUUUUAAGCCGAGAAAGAGUCGAUUUGAUUCCAUUUUGACCCCUAAUAUCUCUCAUGUCUCAGCGUGCGAUCCAUACCACGGCCUCAUGGAAAAUGAGGAUACAGCGACAUAUGUAGCUCGGCUCAAGGAGGAGCUGGACAACGAGUUCCAACGGCUUGGGCCUGAAACAGUCUGUGCGGUUUUCCUGGAGCCGAUGGUCGGGACGGCCCUGGGCUGUGUUACUGCCCUACCAGGAUAUUUGCAAGCCGUGCGGGAUGUAUGCGACCGCUAUGGUGCCCUCCUGGUCUUCGACGAGAUUAUGUGUGGCAUGGGCCGGACCGGAAUCACACAUGCCUGGCAGGAGGAUGGCGUCGCUCCAGAUAUUGAGCUCGUAGGCAAGGGUCUCGCCGCCGGGUAUGGGACCAUUUCUGGGCUACUUGUCAACGACCGUGUCUUGGAUGGAUUGAGACACGGUGGUGGGUAUUUUGUCCACGGGCAGACCUACCAAUCCCAUCCCCUGGGCUGCGCAGCAGCAGUCGAAGUCCAGCGUAUUAUCCAAGAGGAAAACCUCAUUGAGAACUGUCGGAAGAUGGGUCAGUAUUUGGGCCAACAGCUCAAGCUACACCUGGGCAACCAUCCAUAUAUCGGAGAUAUCAGAGGGCGUGGUCUCUUUUGGGCAGUGGAAUUCAUGGCGGAUCCACCCACCAAGACUCCUUUUUCUCCAGCAUUCGCCAUCAGCAAGCGCAUGCAGUCCAGGGGAAUGGAAAGGGGAUACGAUAUCUGCGUAUUUGCCGCCACUGGUGCGGUUGAUGGUUGGAAUGGUGACCACCUGUUACUUGCACCGCCGUACACUGUCCGUAAAGAAGAUGUGGACGAUAUCGUGAGUCGGCUCGUUCAAACUAUUGACAGUGUAUUUGAAGAUGUAGCUGCGCUCGUUAUGUGA